AUGGAUAAAGUAACGCUGUCAACGCUGUCCCCGAUGGCACGCAAGUUCCUCAAGGAAGAUGCGAAGGCGGAUGCUGAAAAACAGUCUCAACCCAGCUUUUCCAUUGAAACAGCAGAAGCUGAUGAACAGCUUUCAUUUACCUGGCCGUACGACAUCACGGACAAAGUUUUGCAAGUAGCAAAGCCGCCCCAGCUACGUCCUGCACGUGUGAUCGGCUAUCAAAUUCGACUCUGGGGACCAUACCCUGCACUUAUCGAUGGACCGCCUGGCUAUGCAGUCGAGAGAGUGGCAUGCAAGAUCCUGUCGCAGAAACAUCUGGAUCGACUCAUUGCCUAUGAAACGGAAAAAUAUUAUAUUCAUGCCUGUGAGAUCGAUCUCUUGGAUGUCGGCGUCGGUCGUGAAGAAACAGUCGAUGGCAAUGUCUUCAUGUGGGAUGGAGAGCUAGAUGAAUUGCAGGAAGGCGAUUUCAGUCUGAAAGAUUCUUUGCGAGAGAAGAAGUUGGAGGAGAUGUGGGCACGAGGACAGGGGUUGGGCUUUAUACUUUGGCAGAAAGCCCAAACGCAUAGGUUUAGCGAGUUCUUUCUUUGGCCGGCUUUCGUUCUUUCUUCAAUUUCCAAACCUCUUCCUUCCAAACCUCUUACCUACCUUUAA